UCUGCCACACUCAACAUGGCGGCGGCGGGGUCCUGCCGUGGCGCCUGAGGGUGUUGCGAACGUCGCGUUCCACUCCAGUCAUGGCGGCCUCGGGACAGGCCGUUGGCAACGAGGCUCAGGAGAUAUGCAGUUUGGAUCGGAUUUUGGAGGCAUUGAAGCUGCUGCUGAGCCCGGGAGGAUCAGGCUCAAGUUCACUACAGGUCACAAAACAUGAUGUCUUGUUGGCUACUUUAAAAGCUAACCUGUUUGCUUUGGAGGACAAGUUUCUGAAGGAUCCUCAGUGGAAAAAACUGAAACUCCUAAGAGAUCAAAUUGCUGAUAAGGCAGAGUGGCCACAAAACUCUGUAGAUGUCACUUGGAGCUUUACCUCUCAAACCUUGUUGUUGCUUUUGUGCUUAAAGGAAACCAUGAUCCGCCUUGCAGCUAAUUUCAAUCCAGGUAAACCCAACCCCAGGACUCCGGAAGUUGCUCCUGCCCUGAGCCCCGAUGCACUUAGUAUCUCACAGCAGAAGACUGUCCAGUUCGUUUUGCAGUUUGUAGUGACCUUGGGCAUCUGCCCCUAUCUCAUGCCUGGUGUUGGAGUCCCAUUGAGAUACAGAACUGAGUUUGGUGCCGUUGUUCAAGACGUGGUAUGUCUCGAUGCUGCCCCUGAUGCAACUCGGAGACUCUACACCAGCUGCAGGACCCUUCUGAAUGUUGCUCAGCACACAUCACUGGGGAGCUUGAUAUUCUGCCACCAUUUUGGGGAUAUUGCAGCAGGUCUGUGCCAACUGGGAUUCUGCCCAACCAAAAGCAAACUACUAACACCUGCAGAAGAGGUUCUAACUGAAGAGGAGAGAACCCUAUCCAGGGUGGCCUUGAGAGACAUGUUGGAUCAAGUCUAUCAGCCCUUAGCAGUCAGGGAACUACUUAUCCUCCAAGGAGGACCACCCCAGUCCUGUACAGAUGUGAAGACACAGCUGAGGAGUCGGGCCCCAGCUUGGCUUCGGCGUCUGUGUGGACAGCUGCUCUCUGAAAGGUUAAUGAGACCUAAUGGUGUUCAGGCAGUAGUCCGGGGCAUUUUGGAAGGAGCAGGUGCGGGGGCAGCUGGUGGAAGCGAUGCUGAGGCGAUGGCUGCUGACUGGAAGAAGUGUGACCUGAUCGCAAAGAUUUUGGCCUCUUGUCUCCAGCAGUCUCUUUCACCAGAGAGUUACUACAAGGACAUCUGCCCUCAGGUUCUGGAUUUAUUUCACUUUCAAGAUAAAUUGACAGCACGACAAUUUCAGAGAGUUGCCACCACUACCUUUAUAACUUUGUCAAGAGAACACCCACAAUUGGCAGCAAAGUAUUUGCUCCAGCCAGUGUUAGCUCCUCUUCAUCGAUGUUUGAACACAGCAGAGAUUCCAGAGAGUUACAGGGUACCAGGAACUAUUUUGGUGACAGAAGAAGAACUUUGUAGAUGCAUUGAGGAUGUGUUUAAGGUGUACGUGGUUGGGAAUGAACCUUUAACAGUUUUGAUGGAUUCUCUGCUUCCAGUCCUGGGAGUUCUUUUUCUUCUCUACUGUUUUACUAAGCAGAGUGUAUCUCACAUAAGGUCACUUUGCCAAGAGAUCUUAUUAUGGAUUCUGGGGAAGCUGGAAAGGAAGAAGGCAAUUGCCAGCCUGAAAGGAUUUGCAGGGUUGGACAAAGCUGUGCCCUCUCUCCAUUCUCUGUGUCAGUUUAGAGUCGCCACUCAAGGUGGCAUUAUGAUUACCAUCAAAGAGGCCAUUAGUGACGAAGAUGAAGAUGAAGCCCUGUACCAGAAGGUAUGCUCAGAGCAGGACCGGGUGGAGCAUCUUGGGGACUUGCUGUCUCUCUGCCAAGAAUGCGGUUUGGCAGGAGACUUCUUCAUCUUCUGUUUGAAAGAGUUGACUCAUGUGGCCACAGAAAAUGAAGCAGAGUUAAAAACUAAGCCCUUCUCCAGCAAGAGCCUCUUGGAAUUAGAGCAACAUCAGACUCUUCUUGUGGAAGGCCAAGAGCAGAAGCUGCUUGUCCUGCAGCUGAUGGUGGUUCUGUGCGAGAGAAUGUCUGAGCAGAUAUUUACAAACAUUACUCAGGUGGUGGACUUUGUAGCAGCAACAUUGCAGAGAGCCUGUGCAAGCUUGGCCCAUCAGGCAGAAAGCACCGUCGAAUCACAGACACUGAGCAUGUCCAUGGGGCUGGUGGCUGUCAUUCUGGGAGGAGCUGUUCAGUUGAAGUCAAGUGAUUUUGCUGUUCUGAAGCAGUUGCUGCCUCUGUUGGAGAAGGUAUCCAACACAUACCCUGAUCCUGUCAUCCAAGAACUCGCUGUUGAUCUCCGCAUCACCAUCUCUACCCAUGGAGCCUUUGCCACUGAGGCCGUCAGCAUGGCUGCCCAAAGUACAUUGAACAAAAAAGAUCCAGAAGGGAAAACAGAAGAGCCGCAACAAAGCAGUCAUGAAAGACACACUGAUGUAGCUCAUAGCCACCUUGAACAACAGCAGAGCCAUGGAAUAGCCCCCCAGACAGGUCUGCAAUCAGAUGCUCCAGUCACUCCUCAAGGAGUCAAUGAGCCCAGCACUACUAUAAGCGAGAAAUCUGGAAUCAUAACCACAGAACAGCUCCAAGAGGUUCUUUUAUCGGCUUAUGAUCCCCAAAUUCCAACACGGGCUGCUGCCCUGCGUACUCUUUCCCGCUGGAUAGAGCAGAGAGAAGCAAAAGCCCUUGAGAUGCAAGAGAAGCUUCUCAAGAUAUUCUUGGAAAACUUGGAACAUGAAGACACUUUUGUAUAUCUAUCUGCAAUUCAGGGGGUUGCCCUGCUCUCAGAUGUCUAUCCUGAGAAAAUCUUGCCGGACCUGUUGGCUCAAUAUGACAGCAGCAAAGACAAGCACACACCAGAGACCAGAAUGAAGGUCGGGGAAAUCCUAAUGCGAAUCGUCAGGGCGUUGGGAGACAUGGUCUCAAAGUAUCGAGAACCUUUGAUCCACACCUUCCUGAGGGGAGUGAGAGAUCCUGAUGGUGCUCACAGGGCUAGCAGCUUGGCCAACCUUGGGGAGCUGUGCCAGCGACUGGACUUUCUACUGGGCUCCGUGGUCCAUGAGGUAACAGCUUGCUUGAUUGCUGUGGCUAAAACAGACAGCGAAGUUCAAGUACGCAGAGCUGCCAUACAUGUGAUUGUGCUGCUGCUUCGGGGACUCAGCCAGAAAGCUACUGAGGUGCUGAGCGACGUCCUCAAGGACCUCUACCACCUGCUGAAGCACGUGGUGCAUCUGGAGCCCGAUGACGUGGCCAAACUCCAUGCCCAGUUGGCCCUAGAAGAGCUGGAUGACAUCAUGAAAAACUUCCUGUUCCCUCCACAGAAGCUGGAGAAGAAGAUCGUGGUCCUGCCUUAGACCUGGCUCGAAGGACAUGGAGGAGGCAGGCAGGGCCAGGCAGCCGGAGUGCCAGGCCUUCCAGCAGGUGGCCCUGCUGCCUCUUGAGUGCUGGCAGCAUGGCUGACCCUAGGAGUGGCUUUAUGGUGCUGGUCACUUGGGUCUUCAGGGUUCCUUCCUAAGGCAUCUGUUUAGCCCUCCUGUAUCCAGCCUGAAGGGUGUGCAGUUAAGAGAAAAAAAUGACAAAUCUCAUUACUCUGCACAUUUUUCACUGUCCUGUAGCAUUGAGAGAAGGAUGUCUACUUGGUGGAAGUAUAUUUUAACAUGACUGAUGGAAUUUGACUAAUUGCCCACUCUCUUGCAACUUGGGGAGAAGAGGUUGGCCACCCAUAUACCCAUAUAUCACCUAGCUCUGCAUUCUUUCAGGCUGAGAUUCUUCUUCCUCAGGAAAAUGAGAAGCAGAGCUGGUCACCCUUGGCUGCCCAAUUUCAGAGUAGGAGAUGCAGUUGGAGGUGGGGAGGGGAAGGAAAUAGUUAUUACAUAAUGCAAAAUGGAAUAAAAUUAUUUUGGAUGGAAA